CACAUGCAGGGAUUAUCUUCAAACCGGUUUUCAUGUCAGGACUACACUAGCCUGUGCUCAUUUUCUGUCUUGGCAUCUUUUCCAAGUGGUGAAUGAGACCCUUGUCAGGUCACUGUUCCUUUUCCCUCUCGAAACAUGAAGGGGGAGGUGAGGGCCUAGUUCUGGAGAGGAGCAGGGAAGGGGAGGUGGCCUGUCCAUUUAUAGUCCUGCUCUCUGGGACACGAAGGUGCUAAAUAGCAGCAAGGACAAGAGGCUUGGCUCAGUGUGAGCUACCCACGCCACAGGCCUGACAGACUCUGAGAUGACAGUAGGCAGCAUGGAGAAUGUGGAGGUCUUCACUUCAGAGGGCAAAGGCAGAGGCCUGAAGGCCACGAAGGAAUUCUGGGCUGCGGAUGUCGUCUUUGCUGAGCGGGCUUAUUCUGCAGUGGUUUUCGACAGCCUCAUUAAUGUCGUGUGCCACACCUGCUUCAAGAGGCAGGAGAAGCUCCACCGCUGCGGCCAGUGCAAGUUCGCCCACUACUGCGACCGCACGUGCCAGAAGGAUGCUUGGCUGAACCACAAGCACGAGUGUUCCGCCAUCAAGAGAUACGGGAAGGUGCCCAAUGAGAACAUCAGGCUGGCAGCCCGCAUCAUGUGGCGGGUGGAGAGAGAGGGCACUGGGCUCACAGAGGGCUGUCUGGUGUCGGUGGAUGACUUGCAGAACCACGUGGAGCACUUUGGGGAGGAGGAGCAGAAGGAACUUCGGGCGGACGUGGACACAUUCUUGCAGUACUGGCCGCCACAGAGCCAGCAGUUCAGCAUGCAGUAUAUCUCACACAUCUUUGGCGUGAUCAACUGCAACGGCUUCACCCUCAGCGACCAGAGAGGCCUACAGGCGGUGGGCGUGGGCAUCUUCCCCAACUUGGGCCUGGUGAACCAUGACUGCUGGCCCAACUGCACUGUCAUAUUCAACAAUGGCAAUCAUGAGGCAGUGAAAUCCAUGUUUCACACGCAGAUGAGAAUUGAGCUCCGGGCCCUGGGCAAGAUCUCGGAAGGUGAGGAGCUGACAGUAUCCUACAUUGACUUCCUCCACCUCAGCGAGGAGCGCAGGCAGCAGCUGAGGAAACAGUACUACUUUGACUGCUCCUGUGAGCACUGCCAGAAGGGACUGAAGGAUGACCUCUUCCAGGCGGUGAAGGAAGACCCCAAGCCCUCCCCAGAAGUGGUGAAGGAGACGGUACAGUUCUCAAAGGAUACACUGGAAAAAAUAGACAAGGCUCGCUCUGAGGGUUUGUAUCAUGAGGUUGUGAAGCUGUGCCGGGAGUGCCUGGAGAAGCAGGAGUCAGUGUUUGCCGACACCAACCUCUACGUGCUUCGACUGCUAAGCAUUGUGUCAGAGGUCCUCUCCUACCUCCAGGCCUUUGAGGAGGCCUCACACUAUGCCAGGAGGAUGGUGGAUGGCUACAUGAAGCUCUACCACCAUAACAAUGCCCAGCUGGGCAUGGCUGUGAUGCGUGCAGGGCUGACCAACUGGCAUGCUGGUAACAUCGAAGUGGGGCAUGGGAUGAUCUGCAAAGCCUAUGCAAUUCUCCUGGUGACACACGGACCCUCCCACCCUAUCACCAAGGACUUAGAGGCCAUGAGGGUGCAGACAGAGAUGGAGCUGCGUAUGUUCCGCCAGAAUGAGUUCAUGUACCACAAGAUGCGAGAGGCUGCCCUGAACAACCAGCCCAUGCAGGUCAUGGCUGAGCCUAGCAAUGAACCAGCCCCGGCUCUGUUCCAUAAGAAGCAAUGAGGACCUUGUUGGAGAGUAGGGGCUGGGAGCUGGGAAAAUUACUGUCUGUGUCCCUCACUGUCAUUUUGGUUCAAUUCAACUCAGCUUAGCUCUAUGUCAUCCCAGACCAAUUCUCUCUAUAUGUGUAUCGGGUGCUAGAUUCCAUCAUCUAUUUCAUGAAGAAGCCCCAAAUAUAAUGGGGCUAGAAGGAAAAAAUGUAAACAAACAAGGCACAACAUAAUAUUAAAUACAAUGGCAAACUCUAUGGAGAGGGGUCCAGAGGAGGUGUGUGUGUGUGUGUGUGUGUGUGUGUGUGUGUGUGUGUGUGUGUGUGCAUGCUGACACAUGUACUAUGGGAGGCAGGUACCUAGACUCUCAGACGACUGCCUGCCUGUCUGUGCAGGUCUCUGGGGCUGCUGGUCUCACCUGUGGCGAGAAUAUUUAGGGUUUUGCAGACUGGGAUAGGUGAUGUCCUAUAUCUUCAGGCUGGUAUGGAGUUACUAACAAAACACUGGGGCUGUGUUUGGCUCUUUGAGAUCCACUCAGAGACAUUCGGGAUGGUGCCUAGAAAGAGGCACCCUGUUCAGACCACCUGUCUUCCCUAGUGUGAGCUUGAAGCACAGUUUGAGAGAUAAAUCUAGAACACACAGAGAAGGAAUUUUUCCCUCCCUGGUCCUACUCACCAAGCCUAAGCUCCUUGUUAUGUGGGGGCUACUUGAAGAAAAGCUGAGGUUUUUCUGGCCAUUGACUAGUAGGAGUGAGAAGGCAUUUCAGGGUGGAGCUGAGGGUGUGCAUGCCUGACUGUGGUGGGCCCAGUGGAAGCGGCUUGUAGGGGUUCUAAGCCCGGGUAGUCUGCAUCGGUUUAGGUUUCAUCCUUGGCCCCAGGGAGUGUCUCCUUUGUAACGAGUGACUGUUACUUCCUAUGCUUAAUUUCUUUAUUCUGUCCAUUCUCUGGGCCUCUCACUAGCGAUCUCUGCUCCUGCUCUGGACCCCUUGCUUCCUGCGACCUCCAGAGCUUACUCCAUUAUCACCCCUUCUCCAUUCCCAGGCCUUGCCAUUUGCCCCACACAGGACUUCUGUUCUUUUUCUUUCUUUUCUUUUCUCCCCUUCUUACAUUUUAGAGACAGGGUCUUUCUACUUAGCCCUGGCUGUCCUGGAAUUAGCUCUGUAGACCAGGCUGGCCUCCAACUCACAGAGAUCUGCCUGCCUCUGGGAUUAAAGAUGUACUCCAUCACACCCAUCACCACUGGGCUUCUUUAAUGAAGUCAAUAAAUAUGCUGAGGGCCCUUGGAUUUUCACAGCUGGGAGUUCUCUUCAGUUUUAUGGUGUUUUCUGUUUCUCUUUUUCCAUUUCUUCUCAUACCCACUGCCCACUGGUUUCUACCUUUGCCCCUCCAUUAAAAUGGCUCUUUUCUAGUUCCUUAUAUUAUCCAGGCUCUCUGUUAGCAGCACACCCCAAACUUGGUUUCUGAGACCCCAUUCCUUUGCAAUGAGCUUCUGAUGUGGUUUCUCUGGCUUUCCCUGGUGUUGUUUCUCAUCUGCCCCCAACAUGACCCUGAGUUGAUUUUGUCCUUGGCUGAUUCUGUUCUUGCUCAGCACCCUCCUAGCAUGAAUUUAGGUGACGCAUUAUCUAAUGACUACAUUGAGGUUUCUGGUUCUCAGGUCUGUUAUCUGAUCUUACAACUUGAACUCCAGCCCCUCACAUCCUCUUGGGUGCGUGUUCUUCAGGCACCUCAAAGUCAGUAUGCUCCAAGUGAGACUCCCCAACACCUCUCCUAACACCUAGUCAUUCUCAGAACACUACCCAAGAAUGCCACCUCCUCCAUCGUGUUGUGGGUUCCUGAGGACAGGGCCACAUCCUUCUGUGCGUCCUUCUGUCUCUAGCACAGGUCCUGGAACAUGAUAGUGCUCAUGAAGUGUAUAUUGAGUACGUAAAUGAAUGAAAUACAUAUGUCAAAGUUAAAGAGUUA